UUCGUAGGAGAGGUGACCCGUGAUUCUAACAAGAGUUUUCUUCUCACAUUACCAUCGGGUUCGCUGUCCUAUACUGCGGACUGGAGACACUGCGUUUCUGCUCAAUGUUUCAUGGACGGUUUGAAUAGAUUAUCUCUAACGGAAUACUUGAAAGCCAGGAAUUUAGUCUACGGUUCGCUGCCUGUUCUGCAGUGCUGCAGUUUCAAUGGGCUAUCGGCUAUCUAUUCACCGUGAGUAGGCUGAACGCGAUACGCUGUCUUGUUGCAUAGCCUACUUUUGUAAAGGUUUGAGUUUGUUAGAAUGAAUUGCGCUUUUGGUAUUAUGUCAUGUAGUCUGGGGUGUUUUUAGAACUAUGAAUGACCCCCGUGACAAGGAUUUAAUACCGAUAUCUCGGAAACACCGAUUCAUGGCUGCAAUAAUGCCCGGGGACGAGAGCCCAUCGCAUGGCAACACUUCCAGGGCUGAUCGGAAUGGGAUAGGAUUGGUUCACUGUUUUAUUUGUGGAAGCGGCGUUUCGCCCGGAAAAGAAUUGAGAUUACAAGUGAAAUAUCCGAAAGAGAAUGGUCCGUUUUUCCCGUUUUUACAAAACCAAGAGCCAGCGCCAGGGGCAUGUGAAGUCAGCCCGGAUGGACACGCUACGGUGUGCGCCGUGUGCCACUGUUUUCUGGGGGAGCAGUGGAACUCGUUCGAGCGAACUAGGACACCAAUAGAGAAGCGUAUGUACUGGCUGAAGAGGCCGUACCAGUGCGACUCUCGGCGGAUACCACAGGAGUGGAACAUCUCCUAUGACCUGGAGAGGAGAAUCAGUGUCAGCAGCCAGAAUUACGACGGGAACGAGUCAGAUUUCUCCUCUUUCUCGGAAAACGAGAACAUGUCAGACCAAGAACUGGAUUUAGUAGACCGCGCCGGUGUGAGCAAGGAGAAGUACAAAACAUCUGCCAACAGCAGCAAAACUCCCAGAGACGGUAGCAGGAAGAACAACAACAGUGUUAUCAGUGUUAAAAACAGCCCUGACUCUCAACGGGCUAUCCGCUAUCCGGUUGGUGUCUACCAGGCACAGGACUCGCCGAAAUCGGAUAGUGCCAUGCCGUCCAGGCGCGGUGCUAAAAUUAUGAAUCAUGUCUCUCAAUCAUCAUUAUCUCUGUCCCAAGAGAUUGUGUCCCAGAGAUACUAUGACAGCUCUCACGUCGACACACCUGUGCAGGACAACGGGAUCAUUAUGCGCAACAGGCAGUGGCUAGCGGAGGGGAAUGUCAGACACGCUGACCCGCGCCCUCUCCAACGCGCUGCUGACAGCAGCUGUAGCUUAACCAGGCAUCCCUCCCUCAUAUUCCACCAGAAAGGAGAGGAUCUCGCUGACGCUGCCGACGGGCUAUCACCCAUUGGCACCACUGUCACCUCUAGGCGCGACGCAGCAGCACCUAGAGAAAGUGUUCCGGGUAGGUUUACAGCCUCUGACAACUCUGACAACGACCAUGAGAUCAAUAUAACCAGUGACGACGACCGCGAGGUGUUUGAAGCAGCUGGCAGCAGCAGAGAGAGGGUAUUGGCCCUGCUGAGACCACCCAGGGACGCAGCCGGGAGGGUCAUUGCCAUGCCCCAGAGUGGUGCCAGUGGGGGUGCCAACAGGAGUACCAGUCCCGAGGAGUGUGUGUGUUACAUCUGUGGCAGCGGGAUGUGGCAGGGCGGGAGGUUCCGUGUGUCUGUGCAGAAGCAGGAGAGGGCAGCCAGCGAGCCCUUCUUCCCCUUCCUGUGGUUACACAGCCCUCCCCCUGGCGCCAUGCCCCUCACCCCGGGGGGCACCACCCUGGUCUGUGCCAGCUGCCACACCUCCCUCAUGCAGCAGUGGCAGGGCUUCCAGCUGGCCGACGUGCCCGUUCUCCAGCGCCUCUACGUGGUCCCCCUCAACCAGGGCUCCUCCACCCCUGCACCAGCCUCGGGCCACCCUCCCUACCUCACUCCCCAGGAAAGGCACCCCUCAGAGCCCCCGGACCGCCUACCUAAGUCUCAGGCUUCCUGUGAGGCCUGUUUCCUCUGUGGCCAGGAGUGCGGGCGGGAUGUGAGGGUGGCACAUGCACGGGCCGGCGUGGGCAAAGCCCGCGGUGCCAUGUAUUUCCCCUUCAUCAACCUGCUGCCGUGCCCGCCUAGUGCCCAGGGAGUGAGGAACGGCCGGGUGCACUGCUGUCCUCCAUGCUACGCCAUCCUGGAGGAGAUCUGGGGGGCGUACCGCCUCAGCCUCAGUGAGGACCUCAUCACCUCUGUCACCUCCUUCCUGGGGAGGUACCACGCAGCGCUGGCCACGGGGGGAGCCGGACUGGCCCAUUCCCAAAAGCGGGUGUCCUCCUCUUCCUCUGGCCAUGGUGCGUCUGUAUCAGUGUGUUACCUGUGUGGGGCAGAGCUAGGGGUCGGGGGGGAGUUCCAACUCCAUGUCAACCCUCCCGGGCGCUGUGGAGAGAGAGAGCCCUUCUUUCCCUUCCUCACCAUCCACCCCCCCGCUCCCCGCGCCAAACCUGCCGAUGCCACCGGCCUGGUGUCAGCCUGUGCCCUCUGCUAUCACGACCUGCAUGCCCAGUGGGCUCAACAUGAGAGCCAGGGUUCUGCCACCCCCAGCUCUACAGCCCCAGGCCCAGCCUCCUCCACCCCCCAGCCGGCCAGCUCUCCCUGGGCCAGACAGUACAGCUGCGAGGCCUUUGUGUGCUUCUUCUGCAGACAGGAGCAGAGGCGUCAGGGGGGGCUGUGUGCGGUCACAGUGGCCAGGCUGCCUGUGUUCCUGUACGCCCCACGCGGGCGCCGCACCCUCCUGGUGGAUGAUGGGAGGAAGCUGGUGAUUGGCUCGUGUGUUGAAUGUAAGUCCAUGGUGCUGGCGGGACAGAGCAUGCAGCAGGAGAGAGACAGGGACGGGGAGGGACAGGGAGACGGGAGGACAGAGACAGAGUCACCUCCCCCUACAUCACGCCCCAGACACAAGACAUCCAGUGUGAUUGAGGGCGUGGCCAGAGUCAGCAAGGAGGCGGAUUCUGCCUUACAUACAUCAGCAGUGAGCGAAUCACAAUCAACGGAACCUGGGGUUGGCCACACCCCUUCUCUACCCCCCAACCUGGAGCCAGAGAGAGGAGACCGCCCACCUUCCAGCAUGAGCCAUGAGCCAAAGUCACCUUCCUUAGGAAUGAUAUCCACGGCAACUCGCACCACGGCGACGGUCAGCCCCCUCACCCCGUCGCCCCUUAACGGAUCUAUCGUAGCCAAUGGGAGCCCGGCGGCCCAGUCUGCACACUCUGGAUUCGCCGCCGCCCUCCGUAAACUGGCCAAACAGGCGGAGGAUCCUCGAGCUGGCUCGUCCAUCAGUAGUGAGUCGUCUCCGGUCUCGUCCCCAGCCACCAACCACAGUUCUCCAGUGAGCACACCCAAGAGAGGCCCCCUGGGCCCAGGGCCUGUCCUGGUGCCACCUGGGGGCCACAGUGUGCCAAGCACCCCGCCCGUCGUCACCAUUGCCCCCACCAAGACCAGCAACGGUCUCUGGAGGAGCGAGGCACGCCAGACUGACUCGGGCCCUCGUGGGGUCAGUAGGGAGCGUCUGGGAGCAGAGGCGCCCCACCAGCAGGAGAAAGGUGGCCCCUCAGUCCCUGCUCACCUCAUAGGAAACCCCUAUGCCUUUGGCCUGAGCCCCGGUGCUGUCAUGCAGGACGCACGCUUCCAGCCCCUCAAUCUGCCCAGGCAGCUGCCCCAUGGAGUGCCCCCUGGUGGUGUACCAGAGGAGUACCUGCGGGGGUUCCGCCCCUACGCCACGGCCGAGGACCUCCGCAUGCCUUCUGGGCUGCCCCUGGGCCUGGACCCCGCCACCGCCGCCGCGUACUACCAUCCCUCCUACCUGCCACAUCCCUCCUUCGCCCCCUACAGGAUGGAUGAUCCGUUCUGUCUAUCAGCUCUGAGGUCACCGUUCUACCAGCUCCAAGGAGGGGGAGGCCUGCCCCCCCUGCACCCCUCUGCUGUCCACAUGCACCUGCAGGGGGUCCGCUACCCUGGGGACCUCACACACGCCUCACUGUCCGCUCUGCAGUCUGAGAGACUGUCUGAAAGGCUCCAGAUGGAAGAUGAGCUCCGACAGCGAGAGAGGGAGCGCGAGCGUGAACGUGAGCGCGAGAAAGAGAGGGAGCGUGAGGCAGAGCGAGAGAAGGAGCGGGAGAGAGAAAGAGAGAGGGAGCGAGAAAGAGAGAAGGAGCUGGAGCGGGAGAGAGAGCGUGAGCGGGAGAGGGAGCGGGAGAGAGAGAAGGAGCGAGAGAGAGAGAGGGAGAUGGAGAGGCAGAAGGAGAGGCAGAAGGAGAGAGUGAUGAGAGAGAAGGAGCUACAAUCCAAGGCGAUGGAGAGUCACUACCUGGCUGAGCUCCAUGCCAUGAGAGGACAGGAGGACAGAACCAAGCCUGAGAGACUCACCCCCAACCGGCCAGACAAAACCAAAGAGCCCGCCCUCCAAGCUCCUAAGCCAAUGCCACCAGGCCUCCACUCCUCCCUGAGCCAAUCACAUCAUGGCGUUCCUGGCCUGGUCUCUGCCCAUGGCCUCUACCUGGGGCCCGGCGGCGUGGGGGCGGGUCUCACCGCCGCCAUGAUGCUCCAGCGGACCAAUGAGGAAGAGCGCUGGUUGGCGCGGCAACGGAUGCUUCGCCAGGAGAAGGAGGAUCGUCAGUACCAGGUGUCAGAGUUCAGACAGCAGGUCUUAGAGCAACACCUGGACUUGGGACGACCUGGGGAGGGAGGAGAGCUACGCUCCGACACACACAGGUCCAUACCAAAUCACCACGAGCCGGGUGGCCGCGACAUCCACCCCCACCUGGGCGCCCCUCCUCCUCUCAUCUCCCCCAAACCCCUCCAGUCCCGCGACCACCCCCACCCCCCUCCUCCCACCACCCUGUGGAACCCCGCCGCCCUCAUCGAUACCGCCUCGGACUCACGACGCACCACCCACCACGACCCACCGGGCUUGGGCCACUACGACCUCAGCCGCUUGCCUCCCAAACUGGAGGAUGGGCUCCGGAGGGGCAGGGACCGGGACGGGGGCCUGGAGAAGUACCACCCCCCACUCCGAGGCCCCCCGGGGCUGCCUGAGCCCAGCACCUUCCUGGCAGAGCUGGAGAAAUCCACCCAGACCUUCUUCAGCCAGCAGAGGGCCUCGCUGUCCCUGCCCAGCCAGUACGGAGAGCUGGGGGGAGGGAUGAAGAGCAGCGGGGCCCUGAAGAGCCUCCAGGGGCCCCCAGGAAUGGGGAGACAAAGCCAGGCCCAGGGACACAGUCUGGGCCAGGGAAUGGGGCCCGAGUCUGGCCUAAUGUAUGAUGAGUUUCUGCAGCAGCACCGUAGGCCUGUCAGUAAACUGGACCUGGAGGAGAGGAGGAGGAGAGAGGCCAGGGAAAAAGGUUACUACUAUGAGCUGGAUGACUCGUAUGAUGAGAGUGAUGAGGAGGAGGUCAGGGCCCACCUCAGGAGGGUAGCAGGGCAGCCCCCUCUCAAACUGGACGACUCCACAGAGAAAGUGGACUUCCUGUGUGUUUUUGGUCUGACCACGGUGUCACGACGUGACCACCUGGUGCAGCAGAAGAGGAGGAAGAGGAGGAGGAUGCUGAGGGAGCGGAGCCCCUCGCCCCCGGCUGUUCUGUCCAAACGCACCCCUCCUCCCCCGGCCCCCCUCAGCACCCACUUCACCCCAGAGGAGAUGGACAGAGCCCCCGAACUGGAAGACAAGAAACGCUUCCUCACCAUGUUCAGCCUGUCCCAUGUUUCUGUACAGCAGAGGAGAGAUAAUGAGACAGUGGUAGAGUUGCUUCAGGCUAUUAAACAGAAGAGCGUAACCUUGGAUACCAUCAGACAUGCCCGUCACCCCCUAUGUAAGACCCCCCCAGCACAGAACUCAGAUCCUGCCUCAGCGCUUUCCAGCGAAUCAGAUGAGCCAUUCGGUGUCAGUCCCUCCUCCCUCGGCGGACUCCUGGGGCAGCCUAAACCCCCCUCCUCCUCUGACGCACUGAGACCAAAGGACCCCCCUCCUCCGCUCCCCUACUCGGAAAAGACCCGUGGGCUCCCUGAGGGCCCCCCCUCCAAGAGGAGCUCGUCAUCCAGCCUGCUGAAUAGCCUGCGCCCCCCCGUGCAGCCUAAAGAUGCUCCCCCCAGCCUGAACGGCCGGACCAAGCCCUGGGAGAGCUUUACUGCUGAAGAGUUUUCCCAGCAGUUCCACGAGUCCGUCCUCCAGUCCACACAGAAGGCCCUGCAGAAGCACAAAGGUGGAGCCACAGUGAUCUCAGCGCCCUCUCACCUCCAGGACUCCUCAGUGCACUACAACAUUCCAGAGCUGCAGAGCGCCCCCAGCCGGCCGCCCCCGCCACACACACACCCUCACACACACCCGCACGCACACUCCAUCCAACACCCGCAGUCACACCCGCACCCCCAGCCCAAUGGGCAGCACUGUCCCCCGCACCCCCACCGAGAGCCCCCAGGAGUGAGGGAGGAGCAGUCUGCACCAGAGGACUCAGAAGAAGAGGAGGAAGAGGAGGAAGAGGAGGCCCCAGUACCCAGGUGGCAGGGGAUUGAAGCGAUCUUUGAAGCCUAUCAGGAAUACAUUGAAGAGCAAGGUGUGGAGCGCCAGGUGCUGCAGAGCCAGUGUCGGAGACUGGAGAACCAGCACUACAACCUGAGCCUGACAGCAGAACAGCUCUCCCACAGCAUGGGGGAGUUGAUGUCUCAGAGACAGAAGCUGGCGGUGGAGAGGGAGAAGUUACAGGCCGAGUUGGAGCACUUCAGGAAGUGUCUGACGCUGCCGCAGCCCCACUGGGCCAGGGGAGGGCACUACAAGGGUUACCCCCCCAGGUGACAGCUCCACUGACCCCCAGGCCUGGCCCCCUCCCUCCCCGCCCAAACAGAGUUUAUUUUUAUGACCUAGCCUGGAUCUGGACCCGGAUGGACAGCUCCACAGGAGAGAGGGAUGGACAGCUCCACAGGAGAG